AUGAAGGGUCAUGAGAGGCCGCUGACGUUCCUCAAGUACAAUCGCGACGGCGAUCUGCUGUUUUCCUGCGCCAAGGAUCACCAACCCACCGUGUGGUACACGGAUAAUGGCGAGCGCGUCGGCACGUACAAGGGCCACAACGGAGCCGUGUGGACGUGCGACGUCUCACGCGCCUCCAAACUUGCCGUAUUUUGCUCCGUUCCCGUCACGGUAGGCGGCAGUGGCGUAUCACUUGAUGAUCAGGAUUGCGACCUCAUGGGCAUUGCAAUUCAAGCUCCUACCGUUCUCGUACCUUGCUCUUACGCUACGUCAACCAUCCAUCCUCCCCGAUCCCUCUUCCCCCAUUCCUCUUCCUCUAUCCCUUUCUCCCUGCCUUACCCGUCCCUCUUUCCGUUCAUUUCUCGUCAUCAUGGUUUUUCAAAUCUCCUCAUCCGCGCUACAGGCGACUCCAAGAUGCUUAUAACGGCGUCGGCGGAUCAGAGCGUGAAGCUGUGGGAGGUCGAGACGGGAACGCCGUACUACACCUUCACCAUGGACGGCCCUGCGCGCUCCGUCGCGCUCGCGGAGGGCGAGCAGCUCGCGGCGAUCACGGUGGACCCGUUUAUGGGCAGCGUGCCGGCCAUUCACUUCUGUUCUGGCGAGGAGGGCGAGGCGAGCAGCUCCGUCACUCUUGCGGAGGGCGAGCAGCUCGCGGCGAUCACGGUGGACCCGUUUAUGGGCAGCGUGCCGGCCAUUCACGUGAAGCGGAUCAAGGAGGGCAGCCGAGAACGUGAAUGGACCUGUUUUGUCCCUAUCCUCCCCCGUCUUUUUCCCACCAUCAGAGGAGGAGCGGUUGCUGCAGAGCACAGCCCCCCAGGCUCGAAUAAUGCACUGCGUGCCAUGCGCUGCGUGUCAUGCGCUGCGUGCCAUGCGCUGCGUGCCAUGCGUUGCGUGCCAUGCGCUGCGUGCCAUGUGCUGCGUGCCAUGUGCUGCGUGCCAUGUACUGCGCGCCAUGCGCUGCGUGCCAUGCGCUGCAUGCCAUGCGCUGCGUGCCAUGUGCUGUGGUGGGCCUCUCAGUUUCCCGCUCCGUGUGCUCGUUCAUCUGUCUCCCGCCUCUCCCCCCUUCUGUUGCCAUCAGAGGAGGAGGAGUCGGUGCUGCAGGUCACAGCCCCCCAGGGCCAAAUCAUGCGCUGCGCGUCUCCCUGUUGGAUAAGUGCUGCUUUUGUUUCCCUCCCUGCCCAUGCUCCUUCCACUUCCACCAUCAGAGGAGGAGGAGUCGAGGAGGACGAGUCAGUGCUGCAGAUCACGGGUCCCCAGGGCCGAAUCAUGCGCUGUGUGUGGGGCCCUCUCAACCAGACGCUCAUAGGCACGGGGGAGGACUGCAUCAUCCGCAUGUGGGACGCAGAGGUCCCCACUCAACAAAACACUCAUCGGCACGGGGGGGAGGAGGACUGCAUCAUCCGCAUGUGGGACGCCGAGACGGGCAAGCUGCUGCGAGAGACGGAGCCGGAAGUGGCGCACAGCAAGACAGUGACGUCACUGUCCAAGUCAGCAGACGGGUCGCACUUCAUCACAGGGUCGUUGGAUAAGUGUGCCAAGCUGUGGGACACACGCACACUGCGUCUGCUCAAGACGUACCAGACAGAGCGACCCAUCAAUGCCGCUGACAUCUCCCCUCUCUUCGACCAUCCUCACCUCUGGCUGCUCAAGACGUACCAGACAGAGCGACCCAUCAACGCCGCUGACAUCUCCCCUCUCUUCGACCAUGUCAGUUCCUCCUCCCCUCUCCUCGUCCACUCUCACUACCUCACCAAUCAGUUCCCCUCCCUGCCUUCACAACGACCAUCACCUUUCUUCCUCCCUUUAUCUCUCUGA